UUCUAAAGGGUUGCCUCGUCUCGUCGUCUCGCCACUGUCAGUCCAUCGGCUGCGUUUGUUUCUGUAUUCAGAAGACAGACCAAAAGAGUCGUACCGUAGCAGUUAAACGGUGGACAUCAAAAGACGUAUCCUGGAUAAUCAGUAAACUGUCAAGAGGAAGGAAAAGCUGUAAUACUACUCUCAAGAGCAGCAGAUUACCACCAGUGGAUCAUCCAGACCAGUGACUGUCUACCAUGUUGUCCAGGUUAAGGACAACCUGUUCCCUAAGGCCCUGCAUCUCUGUUUACAGAUGGGCUCACACCAAAGAAAAGGGCAAGCCCCUCAUGCUCAACCCUCGCACCAAUAAGGGUAUGGCCUUCACACUACAAGAGCGACAGAUUUUAGGGAUACAUGGUCUCCUGCCUCCCAAAGUGGAAAGUCAGGAUAUUCAGGCAAUGCGCUUUCAGAAAAAUCUAAAGAAGAUGACUGAUCCCCUGGAGAAAUACAUUUACCUGAUGGGCAUCCAGGAAAGGAAUGAGAGGCUUUUUUAUAGAGUGCUGAUGGAAGACAUUGAAGAAUUGAUGCCAAUUGUCUACACUCCUACUGUAGGCCUGGCCUGUACACAGUAUGGACACAUAUUUAGGAGACCAAAAGGUUUGUUCAUCUCCAUUCUGGACAGAGGACAUAUUCGCUCAGUCUUGGACAACUGGCCAGAGACUAGUGUUGCUGCAGUAGUAGUAACUGAUGGAGAGCGUAUUUUAGGCUUAGGGGACCUGGGUGUUUAUGGAAUGGGCAUACCUGUGGGAAAACUUUGCCUGUACACUGCCUGUGCUGGCAUCAGACCUGAGAAAUGCCUUCCUGUGGUGAUAGAUGUUGGAACAGACAAUGAGACUCUCCUUAAAGAUCCGCUGUACAUGGGCCUGUAUCAGAGGCGGGACCGCUCUCAAGCGUAUGAUGACCUGAUUGAUGAGUUCAUGGAAGCUGUGGUGGAGAAAUAUGGGCAGGAUACGCUGAUCCAGUUUGAGGACUUUGGGAACCAUAAUGCAUUCCGCUUCCUCAGGAGGUACAGGGAGAAAUACUGUACCUUCAAUGAUGACAUCCAAGGCACUGCAUCUGUAGCUCUUGCUGGUCUGUUGGCAGCUCAGAGAGCCAUUGGUAAACCUAUCACUGAACACAGAGUGCUUUUCCUUGGAGCUGGAGAGGCUGCCCUUGGUAUUGCCAAUCUAAUUGUAAUGGCCAUGAUGGAGACGGGGAUGAGUCAAACUGAGGCCAGAGAAAAGAUCUGGAUGUAUGAUGCCCAUGGUUUACUUGUUAAGGAUAGACAACAUAAAAUGGACAGUAACCAGGAGGCGUUUGUCCAUGACAGUCCAGGGGAUGUGCAGAGCUUUCUGGAUGCUGUCAACACAAUCAAACCCACAGCUAUCAUUGGUGUGGCUGGAGCUGGACGUCUGUUUACCCAUGAUGUCAUCAAGGCCAUGGCAAGCCUGAAUGAACGACCAGUCAUCUUUGCCCUGAGUAACCCAACCAAUAAAGCGGAGUGCACAGCAGAGGAUGCCUACACUUUAACUGAUGGUCGAUGCCUUUUUGCUAGUGGCAGUCCAUUUGGCCCUGUUACACUGAGUGAUGGUCGUGUUUUUACACCAGGACAAGGAAACAACGCUUAUAUCUUUCCAGGUGUGGCCCUGGCUGUGGUCCUGAGCGGAGUGAGACAUAUAAGUGACACAGUGUUCUUAGAGGCUGCCAAGACACUUGCUGAGCAGCUCACAGACAAAGAGCUUGAAGAGGGAAGACUCUAUCCUCCUCUCUCCAACAUCAGAGAGGUCUCUGUCCAGAUGGCUAUCAAGGUGAUGGAGUAUGUCUAUGCUAAAGGCAUGGCGUUCCGCUACCCUGAGCCCAUGGACAAGAAUGGCUUUGUACGUGCUACUGUGUGGAACACCAGCUAUGACUCCUUCCUUCCAGACACAUAUGACUGGCCAGGUGUGAGCUUUAGUCCCAAGACUAACAAGAAGUAGAACAGACCUUCACUGUGCCUAUUGUUGUUGUGGCCGCCUUUUUCUUUGUUUUUUUCCAUCUGAAUUUUUCCCACUUAGAUAAUCCCAGCUGCUUUAGUGCAAACUAUAAAACAGGUCUGCAGUGCCGUGUUUAUAAUUCUGCAUCACUGCAUUUUCACUAAAUGGAAAACAACAAAGUUAGGAGACCAUUUGAGGAAUAAUAACCGUUCUUUACUUACAUUACAGUUCAAUGUUCUAUACAUCAGCUAUGCAAACCUGCACAGAACUGGUAGGUUACAUGAUGGUGGAAAAGGGCAGUGUGGUUUCUGGUUUCAGUUGAGAAAUUAUGGGAUGCCAUUUUUUCAUACAGGUUUGUCUGUAUGUCAUACUUUGGCUUUAUUAGAAAAUGCUAUACAUAAUACUGUCUUUAAAAAAAAUUUAUAGAGAUUUGAUUAGAUAUUUCUGACAUAGCUGUAAUGUGUUGUCAUUGUUUACAACCUGGAUGCAUACAUACCUUUAGUUUGCUCAGACUUUAUUUUACUUUUCUUGUCCCCAUCUUGACUACAUUAAUCUCCUUCAAAACUUCUUAACUUGAUGCACACAUUUUCUCAUGGACAAUGGACAAUGGACAUUGCCCUUUUUCCACUUGCAGAGGCUUAAAUAGCUUUGCCUUUAUCUUCAGAUAAAAAAAGUGAAAGAACAAUGUAACUCCUGAAGCAAAUUAACUGAGUGUUUAUAAACAAAGAUUUGAUAAAGGGAAAUAUUUCAAUUUUCAUAUUUAUUAACAUAUAAUGGUUAACCUGUAGCUAGGUAAUGCUUUGAUGCGCACUCCCGUGUUUUUUUUUAUUUUUUUAUUUUUUUGGCAUGUGUGGUUUUUGUGAUACACCUUAUUUUCUUUGAAUUAAUAUUUGCAUCAACUCUCCUUUAUUUAAUUAUAAAAUUCAGAAUCCAUCUCAGUGUACCUUUUUGUUUAGGAUAGUAUUAGAUAAUAUCUAAUGUCAAGAUAUUAGAUAAUUAAUUUCUGUUUAUGCACUUUUGGUAAUACACUCCCCUGAUUAUUUAUGGUGUUUUGUUGAAAGCAUCUGUAUUGUCCUAGUGGUGCCUGUGUUUAAAUCCUAAGAAAGAGCUAUACAACAAAA